CAUGAUACCAUGAUAACAUCCACAAAUCCAGCACAAAUUCAACUAAAGUAUGCUUCAAGAACAAGCUCAAACUCAAUACCAAUGGCAUCACCAACUUCAUUACUACCUAAAACUACUACUUUUCCAUUUCUCUCAUCCCCAUUUUCACUUCCAUCAGCUCAUUUCACCAAACCUUUAUUCUUUACUCAGCCAGGCUACCUUUCCAAAAGAUCACCAUCUUCUCUCCCUAUUCAUAUCACUCAAGCAAACAAGAAAAACCCUUGGUUUGACCUUUUUGAUGAUGGAGAGGACCCUGACAUGGAGUAUGGCUCAUUGUUUGCAGAUGGCAAGCAAGAGGAAGAUCCUAGACUACCUGAUAAUCCUGACAACCCUUAUGGCUUCUUGAAGUUCCCAAUGGGAUACACUGUUGAACUUGCUUCUUUGCCUCUCAAAAUCAGAGGCGAUGUUAGAAGAUGUUGCUGUGUUGUCUCUGGUGGUGUCUAUGAAAACUUGCUAUUCUUUCCUGUUAUUCAAUUGCUCAAGGACAGGUAUCCUGGAGUUCAGGUGGAUGUGAUAACAACAGCCAGAGGGAAACAAACUUAUGAGAUGAACAAGAAUGUGAGGUGGGCUGAUGUUUAUGAUCCUGAUGAUGAUUGGCCUGAACCAGAUGAGUACACUAACAUGAUCGGAGCAAUUAAGAAUAGGUACUACGACAUGAUCUUAUCGACAAAAUUGGCGGGGCUUGGCCAUGCAGCUUUCUUGUUUAUGUCGACCGCUCGGGAUAGAGUUAGCUAUAUAUACCCAAAUGUAAAUGCAGCUGGAGCAGGCUUGCUUCUGUCCCAAACAUUUACUGCUGAGAGCAUGAAUCUUUCAGAAGGGGGCUACAACAUGUACCAGCAGAUGGUUGAUUGGUUAGGGAGACCAUUCCGCAGCGUGCCAAGGACACCGGUGCCCCCACUGAGAGUUUUGCUUUCAAGGAGACUGAAGGAGGCUGUAGCAGGGAAGUAUAAGAAUGCAGGUGUGGAGAAAGGAAAAUAUGUUGUGAUUCAUGGGAUAGAAUCAGAUUCAAAGGCCUCAAUGCAGUCUAGAGGAGAUACUGAUAGCUUGCUCCAACUACAAAAAUGGGCUGAAAUAGCUGAGGGAACAAGGAGAGUUACACCACUUUUUGUGAUUCCACAUGAGAAAGAAAGGGAAAAUGUAGAGGAAAUUGUUGAUGAGGAUACGAAUAUUGUGUUCAUCACCACCCCUGGACAGCUGGCUGCUCUCAUCAAUGAUUCAGCUGGUGUGAUAGCUACAAAUACAGCAGCUCUUCAACUCGCGAAUGCACGUGGAAAGCCAAGCAUUGCAUUGUUUAGUUCUGAGCUGAAGGGAAGACUAUUUAUUCCCAAUGCAGAAGAGAAGAAGUGCACUAUUGUUCCAUCUAAGACAGGAAUAUUAGCAGACAUUGAAGUUCAGGAUGUGAUAAAUGCAAUGGAAAUUUUUAAUGAAUCUCUAGCUCUAACCUGAACAGAGAAAAUUGUUAUUUUUUCACUUCAUAUCAUUUUGUUUUCUUUCUGCUUACUUUCAAUUGUAUAUUGAAAUUAAGAAAGUAUGAUAGUGAACCAGCACAAAAGCUUUCACCUAUAGAA